UACCACACCCCAUGGAGCGUCGGAGUCAGGAAGAUAAGGACAAUCUUGAGUUAGCUGGUGAGUUCCCCCUGGUGGUGACCGCUGGGGGUCAAAUGAAAUACAAGCCAUACGGAGUGGGAGAUGUUAAUGCAUUGAUAGAAUUAUUACCUCCUAUUACAGACGGAGGUGCGGGGUGGCUGAGAGAGUUUGAUAGAGCAACAACAGGUGUUCAAUUGGCUCUGGGAGAUUUCAGAGCUGUGGUUGCCAGAUGUGUCAAAGGCACAGCUCUGGAUGACAUAGAGAAGAUAGCAGGCACAGCAUUGAUGGUUGAUAGCACCCCAUUUUGUCGUGUUGUGAAUGUAAUAUCAGAUGCAUUACGUGAAAAAUAUCCCACUCCAAAUGCUGCUAAGAUUUUGAAGCUGCUGUGGAAGCCUGAUCAAACUCCAAGGGAGUACAUUGAACAGGCUAAAGCUACGUGGGCCCUUAGAACAGGCCAGCAUCCUGGUAGAGAAGGGAUGCAACAAUUGUGGUUCAGAGAAGCUGUGUUAAAAGGUGUGCCCGAGCAGGUCAGAGUGGCCAUGUUGGAUAACCCCGACAUGGAGGGGGCGGAGUCUCACGUGCGGGAGAAACAUCUGGUGCAUCGCCUGCAGAAAGCUCAUGAUGAGGUUAUGGCUAAAGAUGAGGACACAGAUAAAAUGAAAGAGCAAUUGUUGAAAUUACAGCUGGGUGAAGCGAGGCCGACACACAGGGACCUGCACAGGGACCAAAUUGGGGUGGCCGUGGGGUCGGUAGAGGAAAUUGGGGUUCACGUGGUUGUCAACGGGGAGGAGGCGGCGGCAUGGGCAGACAAAGGGACUGGACAUUGGGCUCGAGAGUGCCCUGACCCACCUCAACAGUACAAUAUGCCACGUCCAGCCAUAAGGGGGCGCGGGCGUUUGUCGGCCCCAAACCCACAGAUGGCCCCUCCAGGGCAGUAUCCAGUGGAAUACUGGCAGCAGGAACAAUACUGA